AACUCCUCUUCUUGAUGCUCUGCAGUUGGCGUCGGGAUGAUGAUGAAGGAUAGCAGCCAGCUAGGGAAAUGGCUCUUAUUGCUUUCAAAUGAAUGAUUCCCUGAUUUCUUGCAUAAACCAUUGGGCUGGGAUGGUUUGGUCGGUGGCUGACUGUCAGAUGAUAUCUACUUGAUGGAUUCCCAUGAACAUUAUUAUUAGAAUGCAACCAACUUCCUCAAUCACUGAAGACUGUUUGACAAAGUAUCACCUUGCUUGACAGAACAGGUGCUUCUUGUGAAGGAGGCCUCCAAACUGUCCUCGAUUUACUGAACUGGAAAGCAAAAUGAAGACAUCCCAGACCAUAAAUCAUGACUCUGGUUUACCUGUCGAUUUUUGACGGACGUAUAAAAUAAUCACUUGAUGUUUCGGUGUGUGUCUGCAGGAUACUGACUCUCUCUCUCACUCUCACACUCACACUCACUCACAAACACACACACACACACACACUAAAGGACAACUUCUUGUGUCAAUCCAGAGUUCUCAAAGAGGACCGUCAAAAUGUUUUCGGCUCUUAAGAAGCUGGUGGGCACCGAGCCUGGCCAGCUAGGAAACAAAAACAUUCCAGCUGGUUUGCAGUCAAUGAACCAGAGCCUACAGAGAAGAUUUGCCAAGGGAGUACAGUAUAACAUGAAGAUCAUCAUCCGUGGAGACCGGAACACGGGAAAGAGUGCCCUAUGGCACCGACUACAGGGGAAGAAGUUUCUGGAAGAGUACAUCCCCACACAAGAGAUCCAGGUCUCCAGCAUCCACUGGAACUAUAAAACGACAGACGACGUUGUCAAGGUGGAAGUUUGGGACGUGGUGGACAAAGGGAAAGGCAAGAAGCGAGGAGAAAUGCUGAAAACGGAGAAUGAACCCCAGGAGAAUGAGACUGAGAUGGCUCUGGAUGCAGAGUUCCUGGAUGUGUACAAGAACUGCAAUGGAGUCAUCAUGAUGUUCGACAUCACCAAACAAUGGACAUUUGACUACAUCGUGCGGGAGCUGCCCAAAGUGCCCACCCACGUGCCCGUCUGUGUGCUGGGCAACCAGAGGGACAUGGGCGAACACCGGGUCAUCCUGCCCGACGACACCCGAGAGUUCCUCUGUCACCUCAACAGGCCUCCGGGUUCUUCUUACAUCCACUACGCUGAAUCUUCCAUGAAGAACGGCUUUGGCCUCAAGUACCUGCACCGCUUCUUCAACAUCCCCUUCUUACAGCUGCAGAGGGAGACCCUGCUGAGACAACUGGAGACCAACCAGCUGGACAUAGACGCUACUCUGGAGGAGCUCAAUGUUCAGCAGGAGACUGAGGACCAGAACUAUGGCAUUUUCCUGGAGAUGAUGGAAGCCAGAAACAAAGCUGGCUUCAGCUCCCCGGGGGGCCCUUCCAACGGCCAGAGCCCCUCCUCAGGCUCCCAGUCCCCCAUCGUCCCCCAGAGCGGGCCCUCCACUCCUGGGGCCUGUCCCAGCCCCUGCACCCCCCAGCAACCCCCUCUCCCACCCCAGCCCCUAACUAUCUCCAACCCUAUACCCAGGCCAGUUCAGGGCCCCCCCUCCUACACCAACCCUAACCUUAACCCCUGUCCCCCUCUCCAGAACACUGCACUCCCUAGGGGUCCAGGUUACCCACAGCAGCCCCCGGCCCCCCAGCCAAAGCCCCCAACCCCCCAGGGGCCCCACCAUGGGGGAACCACACCUGUCCCGACCCCCCAGUCACCCAGUGUCACCCAGGCCCCUCCUGCCCAGAAGAGAGGCUUCAUGUCGCGCCUCUUUGGAUCAGCCACUUCUGAGACUCCCGCUGAUGGCGCAGACGAGAAGGUGCGGAAUGUGGAUGACUUUGUUCCCGAUGUGGGCAUGGACCGUAGCUUCCUGGAGGAGGGGACUGCUGCCAAAGCCAAGGAGGAAGCUCGAAGAGCAGGCAACAUGGAUACUGACAGUGACGGUGAGGGCCGAGGGGGGAACCCCAUGGUGUCAGGGUUCCAGGACGAUUUUGCCUCAGAUGAGCUGUGCCAGUCUGUGCCCAAAUAUGUGCCCAAGGCAGCCACCGUCCCCAGCAUGGGCAUCACCCUGACCAGCGAUGAAGAGGAUGAGGGGACGAAGGCACUUAACGUCGUCCAGGAUGGUGGAUCGGACAGAAGGAGAUCCUCCUCCAAUGCUUUGAAGAUUCAAAACAAGACCGGAGAAGCCAAAAAACCAGCGGGCUUAAAGAUGUCGUCCGAGCCCGUCUCAUUCCUGAACCCGACCUUAGCCCCGGUGCAGUCCAUGCGGGCAGGCAAGAAGAAGGGAGGGGAGGAAUCCUCCCACUCAGACCAAGAAGCUCUAGGGGCCGAUCAGAUGCUCUCCUUCGUCAUGGACGAACCAGACUAUGAUGACGAGGAGUUUGAGAAGCCCAAGAAAAAGAAGGAGCCUUCGGCAGUACUGGAGGACCUGAAGACGGUCCAGCCCUCUGUCCUCCCCAUCAAGAGCGACGACCUGGACCUGUUUGGACUGGGAUUCCAGGAUGUGGCGCCCAAGAGCAAGGAAAGCAGUGAGGACCAAGAUGACCGAGAAAGUAGAUCUUCAACAAAGGACAAGAAGAAGAAGAAGAAGAAAAGUAAAGAGGAGGACGACAAAAGCAGCAAGAAACGACACAAACAGAAGAAAAAGGAAGAGUCAGGGAGCGGGGACGAGAAAGAGAAGAAAAAAAAGAAGUCAAAGUCGACCAAGAAAGCCGGAGGCGUGGUGGACGACCUGGAGUCUUUUCUCGCCGGAGACGAAGACUACGAGGAGAUGUAGAAUAUCACCCCCAGCAUCCAAUCAGGACUACGUUCUACUUCAGCAUCCAAUCAGGACUACGUUCUACUUCAGCAUUCUAGGGUCAGGAUGUAGCCAUGAAGACGAAAGAAUUUGUCCACUGACUGGCUGAGUGAUCGAAGACUGCAAUUCUCAUUGGGUGAUAGUUAUUUCCUACUUCCUGACGUUGUGGUGCCUCUACGGUGGUUAGAGUUUGAUCAUUUGUGAUUGACAUUGACGUUGUUUGUUUUGCUUACCCUUUUACUGUACAUGCAACACUACCGUCAUACAACAACACUACUGCAAAUCUGUAGCUGGUACACUCAGAGGACAAAACCACCAUUACUUUGAUGUUUCCAUGGUUGAAUACACUUGGGUACACUCACUACAAUGUUUUUGCCAUUCCAUUUGUCUUUUCCCAUUGGGCCUGCUUUCUGGAAAAGGCUUUAGAACUGACCCUAGUACAGAGUUGUGACUAUUUCUAUAUGGGAGUGCUCUCCUUUACACUGACCAGUGUUCAGGAGUCGGGGGACAUGUGUGCAUUCAUUAUGAAUUAUGUUGAACAUUGCUUCAGCAGCGAAAUAAAUGUUAUUUAUGUUUAUCUGGUGUUGGCUUUUCGAACUACGACUAUGUCUAGGAACAGUAGGAGUUUGUGAGUGUUUACUAAACAAGACAUUUUGGGAGUUUCUCUGAAAUUAUUCAGCAAAUUUCACUGUGCAUGAUCAUUUUGUUUUGGUUUGAUGUUAAUGCCUUAAGGAAAGCUUUACUUUAACACUGGAAAGUGUUAUUUUAACACUGGAAAGGGUUAAUUUAACACGGGAAAGGGUUACUUUAACACUGGAAAGUGGCGAUAUGAAUGCCUUUUAGUAGUAGAGAUCUGAUUGUUCAAUGAUGCCGUCAUUCUGGCAAAACACAAUGCAAGGGAAGCCAAGAUACAAUGUCUUUUUUCCAACCUGCUGUUCUGUUAAGUCAUGUGUUGUUGUUUUUACUGUGGCAGUUGUACAAUGUAAUUUGACAUUUUUUCAAAUUUCUUCCUUUAACCAAAUGAUGUUUCUUGAAGACAUAUUUUAAUAUUUCCGUGGUUACCUGUAACUUUUACACUAGUUUGCUUGGAUCCUAUUUCUUGAUGUUGCUGAGCACCAUGUGGGAUGGUUUUGGUGUGUUGCGUGAUAUCUCAUAAUUGAACAUAGCCCUUACUGAACUUGUUUACUUUACUGUAGGGGAGUGUGGAAGUCUGCUAGUCAGUCAUAACUACACACUACUAUCUAUCUACACUCCGAUCCAGGGGAUGUUUACAACAAAGUAAAUGGCCUCAAGCUAUUCAUUCCACCUUAAGUCCCCUUAGAAAGAAUUGACAAAAUAUCAGGAAUGUAUUUAGAUUCAUAUCAUACAUGUAGGCAUUGUUACCAUUCCAUAUUUAUUUUGAAAUAUUUAGAAAAUAUUUUUGGACAUUAAAGAAAUCCCAUGUUAAUAUAUCCAUUAUAGAAAAGUAUAUGCACAAAUAUUUAUUAAUGCAUUUGUACUGCAUAUUUCUCUGUGUGUUUUUACCUUGCUCCUCUCUGUUGUAUGUAAAAUAGGUAUUUUGGACUGUCUUUAAAAGAGACACUACAUAUCCAAUUCCUCCCAGCCAUCUAUGGGCCGUGACUGCAGUUUACUGCUAGUUAGGUAUCCUGACCACUGCCUCACUGUGUAUCAUCAGGGAGAACAUGCAACAUUUCCAGACUGUGUAUCGGAACCUACUGUACAUCAAUAGAACUCUUACGUACAUCAAUAGAACUGUUACAUCUAUAGAACUGUUUCAUCAAUAGAACUGUUACUUACAUCAAUAGAACUGUCCCAAGAGACGGCUCUGCGAGUGUUUGUUGAAUCAGGUAGACCUAUAGCUCUGUCUUUCCCUGACCGCUCGUAUAUCCUUGGUUUUCUCUGGUCGAAGGCGGCAUACUCUGGGGACACCGGGGUCCCCUCACACCUCAUCCUCUCUUCUGGCUUAGUCCUCUUUCUCACCCUAGGGAGUGAUGUCAUUUUUUGCUGUAGCCUAACCCUCCCAGCUGGCUUGACGGGAGGGAACCCAAUGUGGCGAGGUCGACUCCCAGGCUGACCAUGGGGUCAUCCUCAGUGUUUCCUCCUCAUGUAGCUCUCUGCCUGUCAGGCUAGCUGCUAGGCCAGGGCGCCCACCCCUACCGCUCACUAUGGAGCAAAUCCUAACUUCCUCUCCAGUUGAAUAAUGUCAGCUGGUGUCCUGUUGACAUUAAUGCAUGACUAAGUGAACAUUUGGCUUAAGUGGAAGUUAGGAGUCACCCCUAUGAAAGUAAAAUCCCCGGCGAGCCACGUCAAAUAGUCCCUCUGCAUGAGCGUCACUGUGAGAAACAACAACACACCUGGCUGUACCACUGUAGAAUUAGAAUUUGUAGAACAGACAUUGUUAGUGCAUACAUCAUGGAGGGAUAGUGUCUUUUCUAGUUAUUCUAAUUCUGUGUUUAUGUAAUAUAACCCAGACCUGUUUUGUUUUUUGGUGGUUGAUUUUGUUUCAUUAUUCUGUGUGAAGGAAUUUGUUUUGAUUCAUGUAGAUCAAACCAAUGCAACUUUUUGUUUACUGCUUUUUCUGUGGUAUGAUGUCUUCUGGGUAAAGUUAAAACAGGGAUCAUCCAAAUCAUGCAAACUGCCAGUGAAAGGUGGCAACAAGCGAACUUGAGAUUGCUAUUACCUCUUGGUUACAUCUUCCAUAAAAUUCCUCUUGAUUGUAAACGGAAUAUCCAUUGUGUAUUGUCUUCAUCUUGCUUGCUCCCUGCAUAUUGUCUUUGUUGAGCUAAUUGUGUGUAUAGUUGAUUGAACUGUUGGUUGAAUUUGGUCUGUUUAUGUGUAUGCAUCUGAAUAUAUUGAGAGAUGGUGGGCAACUGGGGGAAAAAAAGAGAUUAUUUUGACAUUCCUCGUAUGCUUCCAUCUACACAUUGUAGAUGUGUCUAAUAAAUGCAAAAAUACUUUCA